AGGAGCGAGGCCAGAGGUCCUGGAGUCCGGCCAAAACCCAGAGACCGGGACGUUGAGGCCAGAGAGGGAGCGGGGUCACUCAGGAUCCCUCCAGGGCAGAUGCUCUGUCCCCUAGCGGUGGACAUGUAGGUUCUCCCCGCCACCCCAAACGACUGGACAUUCACAGUACCAGCCAGAUCCUCACGUUUGUGCAUUUGAAUCCAGCCGGACCACUGGAGCUGGUCCCAAACAAUGUCGUAUGAGAAUUGGGGAUGUGGCAGGGCUCCCUUUAGGGCUGGACAUUUGGGUUCUGACUAAAUCCCCUGAAGUUGGGCACUUAGGUUGCUCUGGCAAGUUCGGCCUGGCCAGACAUUCCCAUGCCAAACAAACCCAUGUUUGGACAUUUAGGAUCAGACUAAGCCACUGUAGUUAGUUCCUCGGUUGUCGAAAACUAAUAGGGGAAUAUAAGAUUUUGCACUGCUUUCCCCGCGGCUGGAUGUUUAGGUUCUGACCUUCCGCUCAACUCAGAUUGGGCAUGUAGAUUGUUCCUUCCAGGCCGCUGAGGUCGGACUCUGAGCUUGUCCCAAUCAAUCUCUUACAGGUAGGCAUUCCAGUUGUACCAGGGAAUGUACCAGUGGCUGGGCAUUUAGGUUCUAGGCAAAUCCUCUCUGAUUGAGUAUUCAGGUUCUAAAUUCCCUGGAGAAGGAAAUGGUACCGCACCCCAGGAUUGUUGCCUGGGAAAUCCCAUGGACAGAGGAGUCUGGUGGGCUACAGUCCAUGGGUUUGCAAGAGUCGGCGGCGACUUGGUGACUAAACAACAACAAGAAAGCUGGACUUAAAAUGCAGCGUUUUUGCCCUUACAAAGGUGCAGAAAGGAAUUCCAAGUAAAAAUAAUAUAUAAAACAACAGGAGAAAGCAACUUCUGAAAAGCAGAUGAAAUAAAGAUGUAAGGGUGGGGAAGCAGACCCUGUUCACCAUGCUCCAGAUCACCCACUGAUUCAGGAAUCACCACUGGGUUCCUUCUCACUAAAGUAAGGCAAACAAAUUAACCUUUUGUUCACUGGGUUGAGGCCUGCUCACCUUCCUAAGUCACAACCCAGCCACGGACUUUGGUCCAGCCAGGUAGAUGCAAAUGCCUUCCUGCCUGCUGGGAAAAAGGAUCUAGGAGAUCCGAACGCUGGGUUACUGCUGCCAGCUGGUGGGCGGGGUCCUGGUGGAACAAUGUCCUGCCAGGUCAGAAGUGGGGACGCGCCUGUUGGCACUGUCCUCCCAGCUCAGCCACUGCAGGAUGGUCCUGCGACUCUUUGAUGAUGCGGCCAUGUUUGUCUACACUAAGCAGUACGGCCUGGGGGCAGAGGAAGAGGAUGUGUUUGUCCGCUGCGUGUCCAUCCUGAGCAACCUGGCCGACCAGCUCUACUACCCCUGUGAGCAUGUCGCCUGGGCCGCUGACGCCAAGAUCCUCCACGUGGACUCUGCCCGGUGGUGGACACUGAGCACCACCCUCUGGGGCCUCUCCCUGCUCCUGGGGGUUGCUAGGUCUCUGUGGAUGGUCCUGAAGCUGAGACACAGGCUGAGGAAACCCCCGGAAGCCUUCACCAGCCGGCUGACCCGGGGCAAGCGGAGGACCGUGGAGACCCAGAUCUGCUCGGAGGUAUUGACCCUCCUGAGCAACCUGGCGGACCUGGCCAACGCAGUGCACUGGCUGCCCCCGGGUGUCCUGUGGGCCGGCCGCUUCCCCCAGUGGCUGGUGGGCCUCCUGGGCACCCUCUCGUCGCUCCUCAGCGUGUACCAGGCAGUCCAGGCGGGUGGCCAGGCCAAUGCCACCCCCUGACGGAUAGGGGCGCCAGAACCCCAACAGGGGCCCUUCCUGUGGAGCGUGAUUGCCCGGGAGGGGCGGGUCUCUAAUCCAGCAGAUCACGGCCAGGUGCUGGGAGGAAGGUGUGGCUAGAGGACACACCAGAGCAGUCUGGGGUACCAGCCCCCAGAGGGGUGGGCUUGGGGGGCUGAGGUCCCCCAGGUGCCGCCUCAGUAGGGGUGGAACAGGAAGACCCCGAAGACUCACUUGCAGAGGAACUGGCCCCUGGCAGGCCAGAGUCCUGUGUGCAAUAAAGGCGGGCAGGGCAGCCAGGUUGGGCCUGAGGAAUGUGAAGUGAGGACCAAUUAAAUGAGGUGGUGAUGGUAGCAGG